AUGUAUGGAGAUCUAGCUAAUAAACUGGUUCUUGAGGCCAAGCGCACAAAGCAGUUGCAAAGUCGAAGCGGUGACGGUUAUAAGCUGCCUAUGUACCAUGAAGAGCUUGUACAGGGGAUCCUGAAGGAAGUGGGACAACUAAAAAAAAACAGCGAGUAUUUAAAAGAACAACAGCUGCUGGGGAAUCUCGAGGAUAAGGUUUCCAAAUGCCAGUUUUUUGUCACUCUACUGUGUUUGGAGCGCAACAAGCGUUGUUUACUGGCCUACCAAAAGAUGAGGGCAGACAUUUUAGAUAAAAUUGCCUGGGACAACAACGGAUUGGAUCUUCUCUCAGAUCUGAAGGGCACAGAACAGGUAUCAACUAAUAUUUCGCCAGAUGAACAAGAGUAUUUGAAGGAGUAUCUCGAUCUGUUGACGGACUUGAAAAGCGGUGAACUGGCAGAUAUAGAUCUUUCAGGCAGUCUGACACCUCCGAGUGAUGUUUUCAUAGAUGUCCGAGUCCUGAAGGAGGCCGGGGAGAUUCAGACCGAGUAUGGCGUGUUCAAUCUGAUCAAAGAUUCGCAGUUUUUCGUCAGGCAAGCGGACGUCGAGAGAUUGAUCCAGCAGGGCUACCUGCAAAAGAUCUAG